UCGCCUUAGAACAAGAACAAAGACGACAACAUUAACCAAGUUCACCAACUCUUACAAACUCCAAAACUCCAAAAAAAGAAAAAGAAAAAGAAAAUCUCUCUUUUUAUUACAUUUCUUUUCAAUCAACAAACAACAGCAGGAAACAGAAACUUAAAACAAAUUAAAAAGAUUUCAUUUUUUUAGAGUCCUGUGAAGCAACAAAGAAACUUUUUUUUUUCUUCCCGAUGGAAAACCCAAGAACAAGAAGUGGCAGCAGCUUGAGCUCAUCUUCUAGCCUAGAUGCUUUGACUACUACACUAAGUAGCUCAAUUCAAGCUCUGGGUCGUGGCUUUGAUGUCACUUCCGAUAUAAGGCUGUUAUAUUGCAAAGGGGCACCUGGGUCGAGGUUGGUUCAGCUUGAAGAAAAUCAUACUAACAAUCUUGUUUUGCCUGGUGGGGUUAUUGUGCCCAAUGUGUCUGAUGAUAUUCAGUGGUCGAUGGGCAAAGAUGGCAUCGAGAGAAAACCAGUUUGUAGCUUUCAUGAGAUGUCGGGUUACUUUAAUGAGAAAGCUGGUAUAUCAGGGCGUGUUCCUCUUGGAAGCUUUAAUGCCAUGUUCAAUUUCACUGGUUCUUGGCGAGUUGAUGCAGCAGCUACAAAAUCCCUUGCCAUGGUUGGAUAUUUAAUUCCCCUAUGUAUGGUCAAAUUGGCAAAGCCAAAUUUAAUUCUGCACGAGGAAGUCAGACGUGCUGUUCCUUACUCUUGGGAUCCUGCAUCCUUGGCAAGUUUUAUUGAAAAUUAUGGUACACACAUUGUAACCUCUGCUACAAUUGGUGGGAGAGAUGUUGUUUACGUCAGACAGCACCAGUCAUCUCCUUUGUCAGUAACAGACAUUGAGAACUAUGUGAAAGACAUUGGGGAUCAAAGGUUUCUGGACUCUAAAGGCCAGUCAAGUGCCACACCCUUAAAAUACAAGGACAAGGAUGUUACAGUCAUUUUUAGGAGGAGAGGAGGUGAUGAUCUUGAGCAGAGUCAUGCCAGGUGGGCAGAGACAGUACAAUCGGCACCAGAUGUUAUCAACAUGACAUUUACCCCUAUUGUUUCUCUUCUUGAAGGAAUGCCUGGUAUAAAACAUUUGGCCCGUGCAAUUGAACUAUACUUGGAGUACAAGCCACCAAUUGAGGACUUACAAUAUUUCCUGGAUUUUCAAAUUGCUCGAGUUUGGGCUCCAGAACAGAGUAACAUUCAAAGGAAGGAACCUGUGUGUUCAUCCCUUCAGUUUAGCUUAAUGGGUCCCAAGCUCUAUAUCAGCCCGGAUCAGGUAACAGUUGGCCGUAAACCUGUCACUGGGCUUAGACUUAGCUUAGAAGGCAACAAGCAGAACAGACUUGCUAUUCAUUUGCAGCAUUUAGUAUCUCUUCCAAAAAUCCUUCAACCCCAUUGGGAUGCACACAUGGCCAUAGGGGCACCCAAGUGGCAAGGUCCUGAGGAGCAAGACAGCCGUUGGUUUGAGCCCAUCAAGUGGAAAAACUUCUCCCAUGUAAGCACUGCACCGAUAGAACACACUGACACUUGCAUUGGAGACCUCUCUGGCGUUCACAUUGUCACAGGGGCUCAGCUUGGUGUUUGGGACUUCGGUUCCAAAAACGUGUUACACCUGAAACUCCUCUUCUCCAAAGUACCAGGGUGUACAAUAAGGCGAUCUGUGUGGGAUCAUAGUCCCUCCAGCCUUUCUGGAAGGGCUGAUGGUUCUUCGUCAUCAGUUUCAAAUGAGAGAACUUCUGACGAUAAGAAGGAAGAUAGUUCAAGCCUUGUCGGGAAACUAGCAAAAAUUGUGGACUCAACUGAAAUGUCUAAAGGACCGCAGGAUAGUCCAGGCCAUUGGUUGGUUACAGGGGCUAAGCUUGGGGUGGACAAGGGGAAGAUUGUAUUGCGCAUUAAGUACUCGUUACUGAAUUACUGAUCCAUUAUUUGCAUUUGGUAGGAUUACCCUUUUUCUACAUGUAAGCAUAGUCAAGCAUUCUUUGCACAGGCGAUCCCCGUUCGUUCGUUCUUCUGUACAUUGUGCUCUUUUGUUUGUUUAUUUGACCUUACAGUUGAUAGUCAGAUUAUUAGGUAUUUGACUCCUCAGUUCCUCAAUUUAGUUUCGCUAUUUGUUUAUCAGAGAACCAGGCCAUGUUACCCAAUAAACAUAACAUUGUUAUAUGAA